UCGGCUCUCUCAUGUAACCGGAUAAAAUGCUCAAGUUCUUCUCUGCGCGGGAUGACGAGAAUGAAAGCCUUUUGGGAGGAAUAACUGAGGAUGAAGGAGACAAUCCGUCUCUCCAGGACACCAAGCACCACUGGCUGAACAGACCUUGCCUGCUGGUGCUCAAAGAUGGAGACGUGUCCAAACCGGGUUUGGGUUGCGGCCAAAUCCGAGCAGAAUCUCCCUCUAAGACCUCUUCAGAAGCAGCAGUGAGGAGCAGCUUGGGUCCAUGUGAGCAGAAACCAUCCGAACCUCCUGCCGACGCCGCCUCACCCUCCCAGCUGGAGGAGGGCAGCUGCACUGUGACCUCCAUCUCCACAUGGGGGGAGAGCUGUUUCGGGGAGACGCCCAGCCCCCUGGUGCUGAGCCCUGCUGAGGCUGCAUGGCCAGAGGAGGACCAGGAGGAAGAGGAUGAGGUGGCAGAUGAGGAGGAGGAGGAGAAGAAGAAGGACCCCCCGUCGAAGGAGGACUCUGUGGUUGAAGAGAAGGAGCUGGAGGAGAGACCAGAGACCAAGGUCAGAUCUGAUGGAGGAGAGGAGACGAGCAGCGGUGGGGAGGGAGCGACGGGGGAAUGUGCCACCUCUCCUCUGGAUCCUGACAAUGAUUCCCAGCUGAGCCCUGUUGGCAUUUUGUCCAAGGAUCGAGGCACCGUCCUUGGGGAGAUCGCUCCAGUGUGGGUCCCUGAUGCCCAGGCGCAGGUCUGCAUGAAGUGUGGGGUCAAGUUUACGUUCACCAAGAGGAGGCAUCACUGCAGAGCCUGUGGGAAGGUUUUUUGUGCACUUUGCUCCAAUGUGAAGUUCAGACUCACACAUCUGGAUGGAAAGGAGGGACGAGUUUGUGUUUGCUGUCACUCAACCCUCCUCAAAAGGACAUCUCCGAGGGGGAAAAGGAGGGUGUGGUUUGCAGAUGAAAUCCUCCCUCUGAAGCAGUCUGAAUCUGCCCCGACCACACCUGUCCGAGGGUUUUCUCCACUGAUGAGACGAGCGCUGGGCGGGCCCUCUAGAAGUCCUGGGGGUUCACCACAGAUCAGGAGAGCCUUGAGACCACAUGGGACUAAUAUCAAUGAGGCCUGUGGUCCUUACGGCUGGGGCACCACAGCUUUAGUGAGUAGCUCUGCAAACCUCAUCCCUCUGGAGGGUCUCCCCCCCAUCCUCACCUCCACUGGGGUCAAAGGAGAUUACACUGUGGAGGAGCAGCCCUCUGAGACGCUGCUCAUCCAGGAGCUGGAGAGCGGCCGACCAAAACCUCUGGUGUUCGUCCUCAACGCCAACCUGCUCGCUAUGGUCAAACUGGUCAACUAUGUGAACAGGAAGUGCUGGUGUGUGACCACUAAGGGCAUGCACGCUGUGGGCCAGGUGGAGGUGGUGGUGCUGCUGCAGUGUCUGCCUGAAGAGAAGAGCUUCCCCAAAGACAUUUUCAGCCACUUCAUCCAGCUGUACAGGGACACCUUCACAGGAAAGGUUGUGAAACACCUGUCGCUGUCCUUGUUAGGCAGCAGUUUCCUGGGCAGUACGGAGCACGCGGGCUUCCUGUACGUCCGCUCCACCCUCCAGUCCCUGCAGGGCCUCCCUCUGCCCAACCAGCCCUACCUCUUCGGCCUGCUGGUCCACCGAGCAGAGCUGACCUGGGCCAAAGCCUUCCCUCUGCGCCUCAUGCUGCGACUGGGCGCCGAAUACAGAUUUUACCCGUGCCCACUGUACAGCGUGCGCUUUAGGAAGCCCUUGUUUGGGGAAAUUGGCCACACUAUAAUGAGACUGUUAGUGGAUUUUAGGAAUUACCGUUACAGCCUACCGAUGGUGCCGGGGCUCACUGUGGAUCUAGAGGCUCAGAAGACCAACAUAAAGUUACCGACCACCGGCUAUAAUGAGCUGAUGAAGGCUCUGAAUAAGUCCAAUGAACAUGUGCUGGCCAUCGGGGCGUGCUUCAACGAGACCGCAGACUCUCACCUCAUCUGCGUGCAAGCAGAGGACGGCCAGUACCAGACCCAGGCCAUCAGCAUCCACAACCAGCCCCGCAAAGUUACUGGCUCCUGCUUUUUUAUAUUCAGCAGUGCUCUGAAGGCGUCUGCAGGGUACCUCGCCAAGUCCAGCAUCGUAGAAGAUGGGCUGAUGGUGCAGAUCACCGUGGAAACCAUGGCAGAGCUGCGCAGGGCGAUGCGCGAGAUGAAGGACUACACCGUCACCUGCGGUCGUCUCGACCAAUCAGAGAGCCAGGAGCUGGUGUGUGUGCAGUGGGUGGAGGAGAAAUGCACUGUGAAUAAGGGUGUCAUUAGCCCCAUUGAUGGGAAGUCCAUGGAGUCCAUCAGCAGUAUUAAGAUGUUCCAGAAGUCAGAAUACAAAGAAAAUGGAAAGAUCAUCCGCUGGACAGAAGUGUUCUUCCUGCAGAGGGGGGAUCUUCCCAAAAGAGGAGCGAGUGAGUCUGCUGAACACGACCGGCUGACGGAGCGGAUCGCCCGGGCCUUCUGCCUGGCUCUGUGUCCUCACCUCAAACUGCUGAAAGAGGACGGGAUGGCCAAGCUGGGGCUGAGGGUCGCCUUCGAAUCUCAAGAGGUGGGCUUUGUGGCGGGGAGCAACGGGCUGCCGCUCCCCGCUCGGUACCUGAACGCCCUGGACAGCGUGCUGAUCCCCGUGAUUCACAGCAGGGGGCGCAAGAGAGGCGACGAGCCCUUCGUGAUGGAGCUAAUAUUUUACAUCUUGGAGAACAUCACUUAGAGCUCCUCACACACCCACCACUGUUUCAUCUUUUUAAAACCUGACCACAACUCUGUCUCCGGCACGUUCUCAUCUGUGCCGCCUUUCGGUUCAGGGCAAUAAAAAGCAUUUAAAGGGCGAACCAGACCACAUCCACGGUCUGCAUCCAUCUCAUCCACCCACGAGUAGAGAGGAUUGGUCUGACUCUUAGUGCUUUUCUGAUCUCACCCCAGACAAUCAGGGUACGCAUGAUGGACCAUCAGAUCACUGUACACUGUACAGUAGUAGCAACCUCAUAGCUUGAUAUCAUUCACAAUUCAAAUACCUUUAAAGUGGGUGCUGGAUUCAGCCCCACGACCUUAAAACAAAGAGAUAAAGAGAAUGACUUGAAGAACAAUAAGUAGUAGAUCUGUAGCGAUUUGAUGCACUGAAUGAAUGCCUAAAGAAUGUUUUCAUACUGGAUGUAUUUUAAUGGAUUGCUCAUGAAAUGUAAUGUUGGCCUGGAAUUAAACAUGCAACAAUGACCGAGUUACUGCCUGUUCA